AAUACAGGGUAGUUUUAUCAAAUUAAUUAACUAAUAGAUCCUUGGGUUCAUAGGCGUGAAAUUGGCGCCUUUUGUGUGACGCAAAUGACAAGAAGUGGUUUUGGUUGCCCCGUUCAUUCCUAAUGUGACACCUGUAAUUAGACUGUGACGUCGCAUGGCUUUUAAUUACCAUUGGGCGUUUUAUCAACUUCAUUAGUUAAUGCAUCUUUAUGGGUAAAGACGAAGUGGGUGGGCUUGCCACGUUCAUACCUAAUGAGGUCCCUCUAAUUUAGAGGGUUACCAAGUAAUAGCUUUUACGCACUGGGCGAUUUAUCAAAUACAUUAAUAAUCUUUUUGGGUUUGUAAGCGUGAAAUCGGUGCCUUUUGUGUCACGUUAGCCCCCAAAAUGACACGAAGUGGUUUUGGUUCCCAAAUCAAUUCCUAAUAAGUUCCUGUAAUUUGAUGGGUAUUUAAGUCUGUCUUUUUACGCACUGGGUAUUCUAUUACAUUUAUAUUUAUGGGUUUAUAGGAGUGAAAGGGUUGCCCUUUGUGUCACAUUAGUCACGGGAAUGACAAGAAGUGGUUUUGAUUUCCACGUUCAUUCCUAAUGGGGUUCCUGUAAUUCGACGGUGACUUAGUAAUGGCUUUUACGCACUGAGUUCAGCCCUUGACUCGCAUCCAAUGCGCCUUUUACGCACUGGAUAUUUGACUCCGUACAGUGUCACACACGUCAGAAAGCCGCAUUCAACUACGGUAUAUAGGAAGAGGCUGUGUGACAGCACCACUUUGUUUCAAGCCGGCGACGAACUCAAAUGACCACCGCGUUGAAGAUGACUUUUUAAUUCGCAAGGACGUCGACUUGUCAUUUGCCGUUCACAUCAGGGAUUCACUUAGGAAAAAACGAACCGACAUGGCUUUGGUGCUUUUGUUGACGCUUUGCUCAUGUACGUGUUUAUUUGGGGCAUCCCUGGGAACAGGUUUUGUUUAUCGGCUCCCAGGCAUCACCGUGCAGCGGCAGCGCGUCGUACCGGGGCUGAGUGGCUCCAUUGGGCCGCCCGGUACCGGCUCCCAACUCAGGAACUGGUGUCAGUACACUGUGUCCAAGACUGUGUCCUGUCAGGUGCAGAAUGGGAGCCAAGCCACCGUACAGAGGGUGCUUCAAAUCUGCCGCUGGCCUGCAACUUGCUCCAAAGUCCUCAGCUACAGGACCGUCCUCAGACCAUCUUUCAUGGUUUCCUACAAGCAGGUGACUGCUUUGGAGUGGAGGUGCUGUCCCGGGUUUUUUGGCAAGGAGUGUCGUGAAGAGUGCAUGAACUGCACCACAUUCAUGGACAUGAGCGUCAGAAUCAACAGCAUCGAGUCACAGAUAAAGCUACUAGAAGACAUGGGUUUGCCAUCACCAACUGUCAGCAGGCCAACACAGGGACCAGCUGACAACGAGGUGGGUGUUCCGCUGCCAACUCCACCAGAUAAAUGUGGUUGUGGGGUAAUACAAGGGCCCAUCGGACCACCAGGCACAACUGGACCUCGAGGUCCACCAGGGAGAACAGGCCUUCCCGGAGUCAUUGGCCCAAAAGGGGACAGAGGUCUACCUGGUGAAGGAGGUCAACCCGGCCCGCCCGGUCCACCUGGUCCUCCAGCUCCUCCUUCCAGGGCCUCGGUCAUACAUGUGAGGGGGGAUGUGUUUCAAGUGGAGGAUCAAGAGGGGGAGUACAUCCGUCUAAUUGGCCCCCCCGGUCCAGCCGGCCCACCUGGCUCUCAAGGUCCUUUGGGACCGAGGGGCCCCACUGGUAUCCCAGGCAUACCAGGACAGGAUGGCCAGGGCGGCGACCCGGGCCAUCCUGGGAAUAAUGGACCGAGAGGUGAUCCAGGGGAAAGGGGGCUUCCAGGUGAAAGAGGCGAGGAGGGCCUACCUGGACGACCGGGGCCCAAAGGAGAGCCAGGGGAAAGCUUCAAUGAUCCGGACGCGGUGCCACAACUCAGGGAGGCUUUGAAGAUUCUGGCCGAGAGGGUCCUGAUCCUGGAGCACAUGAUCGGCAUUCACGAAAUCCCAGAGGGAUCCGGUUAUGAUGUCAUUAUGGACCCCCUGUCCAUGACAAAAACCAAACGCCUCCAACCCGCUCCGAAACCCACACUGCCGGGGAUUCAACAACCAUCUCCUGUUUAAGGCAAUUGCAGUGUAUGUUUUCAGCUGGAUGUUUCUUUUUUUUUUCUCUCCCACUUUUAUUGCCUUUUUAUCACCGUAAGCAUCUGAGUGAGCUAGAUAUGACACGUCAUAGUUCCUUUUUGGCACGGCUGCAGCAGGAGUUCAGUCUACAUAAGUGUAGUAGCGGCGCUUCCAUGGUGUCUGACAGUGAAAUAUAAGCCCAUAAAGUAUAAGGGUCUUGGCUUCUUUCGUUCCACAGAUAAAAGACGGCCUAGUAAACACAUCAGUUUAGCUGGUUCGCACUGGCAAAGCUCCCCAGGCUGCGAUAGGAGAGUUUCCUGAGAGCUGGAGCCCAAAAAUGUACUGUUUAGUGUCGAACACUCACUUGCAACAUCCUCGCCAUUCAUCCUGUGUCUGCCUGUCAAACAUAUUUUUAGUCUCCUCAAGGCCUCGUUAAAGCCGAGGGAAGACGUGACAGGGUGCCAGCAGCGUCUGCUUAAAAUGAUAGUUUCCUUUUUUAGAGAGCACAUCUGGAAAGUACUCUUUUUUUUUUUUUUUUUUUUUUUUACUUUUCCUCUCUCACAACCAGGCUGGAUUACAUCUUCAUUAUUGGCCAUAUCACAAUAUUAAAUCCCUUACAGAGCAAACUAGGUAUUUUGUUUGUUCACUGCGUGCCCAAAAUGUAUUCACACUUAUCUUGUGUUAAAAAGCAUUUUUAUUUGUUGAAUGGGAGUAUUGGGUGCAAAUGACACAGGAAUGUGGCAAAAGACUGUAAGUUAAAUGCCAUUUUCCUUUUACUUACAUUGUAACAACAAAUUCCAAAAUGAUUUAUACCCUUUCUUAAUUUGUAUUUCAAUGUUGUGAAUGUGCAGUUGACUAGAAUGCUCUAAAUCUUUUUACACCAUACCAGCUCAUGAAAUGCUGCAAGCUUAAGUAGCACCAUAAAACCAGACAUAUGUUUUAUUCCUAAAAAGUAUUUUAUAUAUUAUUGUAAGCCACUGUAAUAUUAAGCACAGUUUGAACAUUUGCACUGCGUUGAAAAAUAGGAAAAUGAAAAAUGGUACUUAAAUGAUUCAUUAAAAAUGUACAUACAUUUUAAAACAACCUGUUCUGAAAUAUUAACUGCAAAUGUACUGAACUAGAAAGUUAAAUACAACUGAACGCUACUUUGGAAGUGAUUCUUUCGAUUACCACGAGAGGGAGCCUACAUACCACGAGUUGAGAGUCAAUGUGCAAGUGUUUCCCAACCCUCAUUGAACAAAGGCACGUAUUUUAUAUCAGAACAACCUACCAAACAAACAUUUCCAAAUCAUUAUAUACGUACUGAAAUAUUGAUGAUCUCAACUUACUCAAAAUUAUUUAUUCAGUGUGAUUUUAUGCCAGGAUUCAUUAUUUAACCUCUGUCUGUAAUGUAAAAGCAUUUUAUUGUUCUGCAUGUCACUAUAUGUCUCUAGCAUAGAUUGAUGAACACACUAAUGUGUGGCCUUACAGUGGUUAGGAAUCUCUGCUCUAGAUUAUACUAGAAGUUACCAUCAUCCUUUUAGAAUGGUGCCAAAUUUUCUCAUUGUCAUCAUUUUAGAAUUUUCUCCGGGCACUCCGGUUUCCUCCCACAUCCCAAAAACAUGCAUUAAUUGCCCGUAGGCAUGACUGUGAGUGCGAAUGGUUGUUUGUUUCUAUGUGCCCUGCGAUUGGCUGGCAACCAGUUCAGGGUAUACCCCGCCUCCUGCCCGAUGACAGCUGGGAUAGGCUCCAGCACACCCGCGACCCUAGUGAGGAGAAGCGGCUCAGAAAAUGGAUGGAUAGAUGGAUAAUUUUAGAAAUACAAAAUAUCGUUAAUACACACAAACAUGGUCUUACAGUCUUUUUUCCACUUUGUUGUGUCAUUUCAAAUCACAAGAUGACUCAAAGUCAACAAAAAUCAUUAACUCAAAAUGUGGCCAACUUUGACUCAUUUUGAGCUUAACUCUACGUACAUGUACUUUACUUGAAAUAACAUUUGGUGCAAUAAUGACAAAUACACUAUAAAUUUCCAAAUCACAUGUCACAAAUGGCUACUUCAGUAAUCAUAACUGCGCUGUCACUGAGCACUUCAUUAGUUACACUUGAGACCGUAUCCAAAACGUCUGGAAAAAAAAUCUGCCUUUUCAAAGAUGAUAAUUUCUGUAUUUUAACACUAUGAUAGUGGGUGUACAAUUACACUACAUCAUAUUUCUUAAAAUGUUGAUCCUCUCAGUGAGUUAAUUGACCCUACCAAAAAAAUUAGGAACUCCUAGUGCACUUCCACACCACAGCAAACUAUACACACUAUAUAUAUAUAUAUAUAUAUAUAUAUAUAUAUAUAUACACACACACACACACACACACAGUGUCUUGGUAAAUUAAUUUGACGUAAUUUGACAUGAAUUUGACCUAACGAAGUGUCCAGUGUGUAUAUAAUGUAUCCUGUACACUAAAUGGACUGUCAUUUCUUGUUUGCAUCUUGACAAAAAAAAAAAAAAAUCUAAUUUACGAUUGACUUUCUUUGGGGGCGGGGGGUGAUUGGUGAUUGAUUAGUCAAUUUUGCCUUCAUCCUUAAAUUUUCUUUCAUACUUAAUUUAGUCUUCAGCUUUUGUAUCUGUGAUGAUUACGGAGGAGAAACGCCUCCCUCAAAUAGACGCCAACCUUUUCCUACCAGGAAAAAAAAGGUAGCUGUUGACUGAAGGAAGAAGCAAAGGAAGCCCACUGUUGACGCUACCUUUGACCAGAACCAGAUGCAGCAGUUCAAAGAGGUUCAGUUCAGAGAGAGAGUGGUGGUGAGUGUAUCAGGUAUGACUGGUUGUCUCUCUCCAUUUGUGGAGCUGCAACAGCUUGUAGGCCUCCACAUACAUAAAGUGGAUACACACCCCUCUUCAAAUGCCAGGUUUUUGUGUAUUAAAAAAUUAGACCAAGAUAAAUCAUUUCAAAACUUUUUUUUCCAUCAAUAAGGAGACCUAUAACCUGCGCAACUUAAUUGAUAAUUAUAUAUAUAUAUAUACACAGUAUA